GACACCAUGGAGGCGCUGGAGCGGGACCAGAUGCUCAACGCGGUGGAGCUGGAGCAGUGGGAGAGCGGCAAGUCCGUCAACGACAUCGCGGCCUGCCAGGGGAUCCGCAUCCGCCGCCACUGCCGCCCCGCCGCCUCCAUGGCGGAAAUCGAGGCCGAGAUGGGCGCCCCCCGCAACAUCCUCGAGAAGAUCAUCUGGGACAAGGAGAUCGAAGUGGCCCAGGGGCUUGCAAGGAGUCCUCUGAACGAGGUGAUUGAGUCUGCAGGGAAGGCUCCUCCUACACGAGACUUCUAUGGUGCGCUGGCAGCAGCCCACAAGCGUAAUGGGGUGCCAGCAUUGAUCGCUGAGGUCAAGAAGGCAUCACCAAGUAGGGGCGUACUCAGGGAGAACUUCGAUCCUGUUGAAAUUGCUCAAGCUUAUGAAAAGCAUGGAGCUGCGUGCUUGAGCAUCUUGACUGAUGAGAAGUACUUCCAGGGAAGUUUUGAGAAUCUUCAGAAGGUGCGCAAAGCAGGAGUGAAGUGCCCCCUUCUGUGCAAAGAGUUCGUCGUUGAUAAAUGGCAGAUCUAUUAUGCCCGUGCGAUGGGUGCUGAUGCAGUUCUGUUAAUUGCUGCUGUGCUAACUGAUCUCGACAUAAAAUGCUUUCUUCGGAUAUGCAAGGAGUUGGGAUUGACAGCUCUUAUUGAGGUUCAUGAUGAAAGAGAGAUGGAACGUGUCCUCGCGAUAAAUGGUGUUCAGCUUAUUGGCAUCAACAACCGCAGCCUUGAGACAUUUAUAGUGGAUACUUCGAACACGAAGACGUUGCUGGAGAAGCAUGGUGAUGCCAUCAGGGAGAAGGGAAUAUUGGUUGUUGGCGAAUCAGGGCUAUUCACCCCAGAUGAUGUUGCUUAUGUGCAGAAUGCUGGAGUCUCCGCUGUUUUGGUAGGAGAAUCCUUGGUGAAGCAAGCAGACCCUGGGCAAGCCAUCGCUGGGCUCUUCGGCAAAGAACUGGUGCACUGAAACAGCAAGAUCAAACCUGCUGAUGGUAGAUUAGUAGUAGUAGCUGCCAGACCACCGCAUAAUGAAUAAUAGUGGUCUCAUUAUUUUCUUUUGGAUUAGCAAAUAAGAUUUGAUCUUUUUUAUGCGGGAAAUAAACAUAUUCUUUCUGAUGGGGAAUAAAUGUAACCAAAUUAAUCCAA